AUGGGUUAUGAGUUUGUGGAAAUUUCAAGGUCUUCAUCUUAUUCUAGGAGGAGAAGGAUCCAAUUCUAUUGUGGACUGGAUUCACCACUUGCUACUGCGUGGACAUCUGAGAAUCCAGGUAGGAGGUUCUAUGGCUGUGGGUUAUUCAAGUUACAAGGGAUUAAAGGUUGUUUUUUUUAUUGGUACAAUGACAAGAUUCCGGAACGGUCAAAGGAAGUGGUUAACUCGUUUUUGAAGAAGGUUAAUAAGUUGAAGAAGAAAGAUAGUUUGACAAAGAAGAGUGAUGAUGACAUGAAGAAGAAGAACAAGUUGUUGAUUCUAUCUUGGUUUUUUAUCAUCAUGUUGAUCACAAAAGGAUUUGUUUAA